AUGUCUGCUGAAGAACAAGAACUGCCGAAAUUUGAAGAGCCUCAAAGCUCAAACUCAACCACAUCCGCUGAAACCAAGGAUACUACAGCUUCAGAAACUCAAGAUCAAACAACAGAAUCCGAUAAGCCAAAGGACAAAGCACCAGAAAAUCCUAAUAAAAUAAGAAAAAGAGCUGUACCAGCUGCUCAACCAUCUGGAUUCUCAUCCCGUCGCAGAGGUGGUGAUACAAGGUCAGCUUCUCCUUCAGUAAGUCGAGGUUCCCCAGCUCCUCCACCAUGGGCCAAAAAGACUGCUAAAGAUCCUAAUGAAAGACCAGCAUGGAUGAAGGUGGAAGAUUACAACAUGGUUCAUAAUGCAAACUCAGAGCCUAUAACUGCUCCACCUACAGAAUCUAAUACGGAUGGUCCACCUCAAAAACUUAGAAGACCCGGUGGAAGAGGAGGAGUUGAUGAUCAAAGAUAUAGAGCAAGACAAGAAAGAGAAAGAUAUGAAGAACAACAUAAUAGAGAAAGAGAAGAACAAAAUAGGAGAAAUGAAAAUUUGGAUCAAAUUGUUAGACAGCAUUAUAAUCAAAGAGCCUAUGUAGCUAAACGUUCCAGAAGAAAUUUAUCGCCAAUUAUUAAAUUGAGAAAUUUCAAUAAUGUUAUCAAAUACAUCUUGAUUGGUAAUUAUGCUCAACCAGGUUGGAGAACUUUGGAUUUAGGUUGUGGUAAAGGUGGUGAUAUAAACAAAUGGGAUCAGGCUAAAAUCUCGGAAUAUAUUGGUAUAGAUAUUUCAAAUGCAUCUAUUGUUGAAGCAAUCAAACGUUAUAAAAAUAAUGAAGCUGGUUUUCAAUCUACAUUCAUUACAGGUGAUUGUUUCGGUCAACCAUUACCAUACAUUUUGAAUGAUCAUCCUCAUGUUCAACUUGAUGUGGAUAUCGUCUCUAUGCAAUUUUGUAUGCAUUACGCUUUUGAAACAGAAAUGAAGGCUAGAACCUUAUUAGAAAAUGUUUCUCGUUCAUUAAGACCUGGUGGUAUUUUCAUUGGUACAAUUCCAAGUUCAGAUUUUAUUAAAGAAAGAAUUUCUAAAAUGCAACCAGGUGAAAAAUCAUUUGGUAAUUCUAUUUAUUCAGUGACUUUCGAUAAUGAACCACCUCGUAAUGGUGAAUUUCGUCCAGCUUUUGGUCAAAGAUAUACUUAUUUCUUAAAAGAUGCCAUUGAUAAUGUUCCAGAAUAUGUUGUUCCAUUUGAAUCAUUAAGAUCUUUAGCUGAUGAAUUUGGUCUUGAAUUAACAUACAAAAAACCUUUCUUAGAUCUUUAUAAGGAAGAAAUUCCAACUUGGUUUAAAAAAUUAAAUCCAAGAUUGGUCGAAGGUAUGAGAAGAUCUGAUGGUAGUUAUGGUGUUGAAGGCGACGAAAAGGAAGCAGCAGCUUUUUAUCUAGCUUUUGCAUUCCAAAAGGUAUUGAUGUGA